GUAUGAUAAACCUUGCAGACUUGACCCCUUACAUCCUGUGUUCCAUCUGCAAAGGUUACUUCAUUGAUGCUACAACUAUUACAGAAUGUCUGCACACCUUUUGUAAAAGCUGCAUAGUGAGACACUUCUACUAUAGCAACAGAUGUCCAAAAUGCAAUAUUGUUGUACAUCAGACACAGCCCCUUUAUAAUAUCAGACUGGACAGGCAACUGCAAGACAUAGUCUAUAAAUUAGUUGUCAAUUUGGAGGAAAGAGAGAAAAAACAAAUGCAUGAUUUCUAUAAAGAAAGAGGAUUAGAAGUGCCCAAACCAGCUGUCCCACAGCCCGUUCCAGUGAGCAGAGGAAGACCUCGAAAAGUUCUGGGCUCUGUGUUCCGGAUCCCACCAGAACUUGACAUCUCUAUACUUCUGGAGUUCAUCGGAGCUAAUGAAGGCACAGGGAAUUUUAAGCCUUUGGAGAAGAAGUUUGUGCGUGUUUCAGGGGAGGCAACAAUUGGACAUGUGGAGAAAUUCCUCAGAAGAAAAAUGGACCUAGACCCUACUUGUCAGGUAGACAUAAUAUGUGGUGAUCAUCUGCUUGAACACUACCAGACACUGAGGGAAAUUCGUCAAGCCAUAGGAGAGAGUGCAGUACAGGAUGGUUUACUUGUACUGCACUAUGGCCUGGUAGUAUCGCCACUACCUGUGGCUUAAAGAUUGCUACGAUAUCAGAAGGCAAAAGAAUCUGAAGUCAUCAAGCUUCUUCACUGCUGUUUUCACCAAAGAAGGCCAUCGUAUUUCCUGUGACAGGAAGCAAGUAAAAGGAACCACCACUAACUGCUGUAUGCUUGUAAUUUAAUGUCUGACUUUACCACUGUAAAAAAUUACAGCUUCUUUAAGUACAGCUAUAGAUGUUACUAUGCUUUGUGUUACAAAUUACUAUCUUCCAAUUUCACUCAGCUCAGGGAAUUUAAAUGCUCAGAGUAGCUGUGUGUUUUUUCUUUCUAAAACCACAAGAUCUCACGCUAUGAACAGCCUUUUUCUUCCUCCAAGCUAUGAGAUAUUACUUGCUUUUGAAGUGUCUAGCUAGUACAGUGCUCUCAGGGAUGAUCUUCAGUGGGCAGUAUAAUUUAUUCUGGGGAGGAGACAGUCAUUUGCCUGAAAAAGUGUACUGUGAUCAUCUGUCUUUGGAUGUGAUUUGGGGAGAGGAAGGGAACUUUAGAAAUACAGACCAAAAUAGGUAGAAAAUGAUGCAUCGUAAACAUUGGUUUUUCAGGAGUAGCAUUAAAUUUAGUUGUCUUUCUCAAAGAAAGACAAUUUUGUUUGCACUGGAAAUAUAGUUGCUGGUAGUUUGUCUUAUACCAAAUGGUGGAUCGUGCAUCUCUGGUCUUAACGGAGAUGAGCUGGCUGUAAGCUGGUUAAACUAUGCAUGAAAAAAAAAGUGGCACCUCUUUCUACCUUCUUGCUGUAUGUAAAAUAAUCACUGUCAGCCUGAUUCUGCUGUCAUGUAAAAUCUGUCAACUGACUUGACUGGCAGGAGCAUAAAUCCUUUCACUUUAGCACAUAUAUUUCUAGCAGCCAUGAAAAUGGUACCUUUUCCCACUCUUUCUAAUGUGUAUUACUGCAUUGUAGCGGAGACCAGGGUUGACUCAUGUAAUACUUGCCUGUUACUACCAGAUUCACAGAGGACAUUAGAUAACUUAAACGUAUUGAAAUACUAGGUUUUGUGACAACUGUAAUACUUCAAAUUUUGUUAUGUUUAAGAUUUCCAUGGUUUCUUGCACAGAAUUAAGGACCAGAGCUUUGUGUUUUAUGUUCUUGCUUCAUACUAGGUCAUCAGUAUGGGGAUUCAUGAACGCCAUGCUUGUGCACCAGUCUCCCUCCUUCCUUGUAGUCACUGUAGGGAAAGGGAGAUUUCUUUGUAAGGUGUUUCAGAGCACCUAAUCUAGCUCAAAUGCACUUGCUUGCUGUCAGCUUAAGAGGACUGGCAUUCUUUGUCAUGAAUUCCUCCUCAGGUCUUUACAAUAAACACAGUUUUGUCUGUGAAUGUGACACUAUAA